AUGAACUCUAAUCUCGCAUGACGAAUGGACAUCUAUGGGAAGAGAUAAAGUGAAGUUUGACCAUUUUAAAAAUGGAUGACAGAGUGCCAAACAUUACUGAAAAUUCAGAAAUUCGAGGGAUGUCCAGAUUCCCUGUUUGUGAUCUUAGUUCAUGGACAUAUUUCAACUUCCAAAAUGAUGAACAUCAUCACUUUCCAUUGCCAAAUCAAAAAAGGAAUCACACUGAAAACCACUAACCAACAAAAACUAAGAAACGGAACCCAAAAUUUCGAUUUUUGAAACGGUUUUUUUUUUGUUAAUUUUUCUCUCAAAUGCAAAAACAAUUAAGAAUCAUAGAGUUCGUUUCUGCUUGGCGUAUUCGCUGGGCUUUCUUUGCAUGUCCUACACAAAUGCCAUGACCUCAGAGUUUGAAAAUGGCGGUUGUUACUGAUCCUCUUACUUCCAUGCAGCUUCUUGCCAAUACCCUUCAGGCUCCGCCGUAUGCGGCAGCCGCCGUUCUGGGUGGUGUCUCUUUGGUGCUUUCGGUGUUUCUCGUUGCUGAUUGUAGAAAGAAACGUCGGAAUUUUCUCCCUCCGGUGCCGGCGAUUCCGGGUGUGCCGGUGUUGGGAAAUUUGUUGCAGUUGAAGGAGAAGAAGCCUCACAUGACGUUUGCUCGGUGGGCGGAGAAGUACGGUCCGGUUUAUUCCAUAAGAACCGGCGCUUCCACUGUGAUUGUUCUCAACACCGCCGAGGUUGCCAAAGAGGCUAUGGUGACGAGAUACGCUUCAAUUUCAAGUAGAAAGCUAAGCAAAGCUCUCACAAUCUUGACUGCUGAUAAAUGCAUGGUUGCUAUGAGUGAUUACAAUGACUUUCACAAGAUGGUGAAGAGAUACAUAUUGGCGAAUAUGUUGGGGGCUAAUGCUCAGAAGAAACACAGACAAAGGAGAGACACCAUGAUAGAGAAUAUUUCUAGGGAGUUGUUUGCUCAUGUGAAGGAGUUUCCAUCAGAAUCUGUUAAUUUCCGGAAGAUCUUCGAAUCAGAACUCUUUCGACUGGCGCUUAAAGAAACACUUGGGAAGGAUAUUGAGUCCAUAUAUGUCGAUGGGCUCGGUACGACGUUGCCGAGGGAAGAUCUGUUCAGGGUUUUAGUGAUUGAUCCAAUGGAGGGUGCGAUUGAGGUUGAUUGGAGGGAUUUCUUCCCAUAUUUGAGAUGGAUUCCCAACAAGAGUGUGGAGAAUAAAAUAAGGAAGAUGGAUUUUCAAAGGCAAAUGACAAUGAGGAGCCUAAUUGAAGAGCAGAAGAAAAGAAUUGCAGCAGGGGAGGAAACGAAUUGCUAUGCUGAUUUCUUGUUAUCUGAAGCGAAAACACUUACAGAGGAUCAGAUAUCCAUGUUGCUUUGGGAGACAAUCAUUGAAACCUCAGACACAACUCUAGUUGUAACAGAAUGGGCUAUGUAUGAACUUGCAAAAGAUCCAAAACGACAGGAUUUUCUAUAUCAGCAUAUACUGAGUGCCUGUGGAUCUUCAAAGCUUACUGAAGAAAACCUGUCACAGCUUCCAUAUCUAACUGCUGUUUUUCAUGAAACUCUUCGGAAGCAUAGUCCAGUCCCAGUCGUCCCAUUGCGAUAUGCACAUGAAGAUACCCAGUUAGGCGGGUUCUUUGUUCCUGCAGGGAGUGAGAUUGCCGUGAACAUUUACGCAUGCAACAUGGACAAGGAUCAUUGGGAAAGCCCUGAGGAAUGGAAGCCAGAGAGGUUUCUAGAUGAGAAGUAUGAUCCAAUGGAUCUGCAUAAAACCAUGGCCUUUGGAGGAGGGAAGAGGGUGUGUGCAGGUGCUCUCAAGGCAAUGCUGAUAGCUUGCACAACCAUUGGAAGGAUGGCUCAAGAGUUUGAAUGGAAGCUAAGGGAAGGAGAAGAGGACAAGGUGGACACUCUUGGCCUCACCGCUCGCAAGCUCCAGCCAUUGCACGUAGUUGUAAAGCCGAGAAUCAACUGAUGAAACUUCCUCCUCUCCUUGGACCCUAGAAUCUAGAAUAAGCAACUAUUCUGAGACUCUUUGGACACUCUUAGCCUCUUGUUGAAGAGAAAUUAGUGUGUUUUAGAGCAGUUUAGAACUAUAACUAUCGUUUCAUAAUAGAAUGUGUGCACAGAUCGAAUUUUAGCUCAUAAUAAGUUCGAAUUUCAGCUCAAAGAUACUUGAGGUGAUGUGUUUU